AUGACCGACCCUUCUGCUUCUCCUACUUCAAGUGUCUCGACUGCCUCAACCGUCAUUGGUACGCCGACUGACACCGAAAAGGCCAUGACGUUGGAGAAGCUUCCUCAAGAGUUCUGUCGGCUGGGAUCUUGGAGAGGUGCCUUGAUUUUGCUGGUCACGUCAGGUUCUCAAUCUCUGGAUAAUGUUUUCAUGACCAGUUCCAAUAUGGCAUUGGCGUCAAUACAAGAGGGGUUUGAUGUGUCGACUACCAACCUGCAAUGGAUGAUCUCUGCGUAUACUCUGACCUUUGGAGGUUUCCUUCUUUUGGCUGGAGCACUAUCCGAUCGCUACGGACGAAAGUUCAUUCUCUGCCUUGGCCUAUUAUGGCUUUCCAUCUGGACACUGGCCAUUGGCUUCGGCCGAUCAUUCAUUCAGCUCACGGUCUUCCGUGGCAUCCAGGGCAUUGGAGCGGCCAUGACAGUUCCUUCAGCAAUUGGGAUCAUCAGUUCAUAUUUCACUGGCACCGAUCGCACACGCGCUCUGUCCAUCUAUGCCGCUUCAGGGACACUGGGCUUCUGCGCCGGUCUUAUCCUAGGUGGCUUUCUCACCACUUCCUUGGGCUGGAGAUACAUCUACUACAUUAUAGUCAUCAUGACUGGUGCCCUACGUACCUUGGGGCUGAUUGUUUUACCCGGUGAUCGCGCACCCAAAGGUGAGAGGCCUAGAAUGGAUUAUUGCGGUGCGGUUCUGUCAACUGUCGGCCUGAUCCUUCUUCAAUUUGUUCUCUCCAGCGGUGGUGUCUACGGUUGGGAUACAUCUUUCGUCAUCGUGAUUCUUAUUUUAUCUAUUGCCCUUCUUGUCGCCUUUGUUUUGCUCAUGCCACUGUCCUUGUGGAAGCUUCCCAACUUUGCAGGCCUCUGGAUCGCGGGCUUCACUUGCUAUGGAAGUUACCAAGACGUCAUUUACUACGUCGUCUUGAUCGCGCAGAAAGUGGACGGGCUUUCUGCAGGAGAAACUGCCCUUUCGAUUAUUGCCCAUGGGAGUCAUCGGCUUCAUCGCUUCCAUGGGAACAGGCAAGCUGCUCGAAUACGUGAACGGAAAAUAUGCACUUUUCGUCGGCCUGAUGCUUACGGUAUUGGCACCGAUCCCGAGCGCCCUGACCGUAACCGAAACGAUCAACUUCUGGGUAAACAACCUGCAACCUCGCUCAUUAGUAUCUCUGCGGUCUCCUUCAUCUUUGUUACGACCAGCACAACCAUCCUGACUAGUGUCCCCGUCAAAGUCAAGAGCCUAUGCGGCGGUAUGCUCAACACUGCAUUUCAGAUUGGCUCAGGUGUCGCCCUGGCGAUUUCGGCUGCCACCACAGAGGUAGUCGACAUAAAAAAAGGUCAUGACCUCGACCAACAAUACUCAACCGGACUCUGGUGCUCAACGGGCCUUGCAGGACUCGGCCUCAUAAUUGGAUGCUUCGCCGUCCGAAGAAGAGGAAUUGGUCCGAAAGACCGAGCGGGCGGAGACGAUGUGGCGGUUUGA